AAGCCAGUGUUCGAUUGUAUCCGGAGCUGAUCGGUUGACGAAAAAUGAAAGCUAUAGUCUUUGUAGUGUUGGCAGUGGUCGGAGCUACCUUCGCUAGCGAAGAUGCAUCAAGUCGAAUCACUGGUGGAACGGCGACUCUCCCAGGACAAUUCCCGGCGGCGGUCAGCAUCGAUUCACCGUACAAUUUACACUGUGGAGGAACCAUCAUUAAUCUGCGGCACAUUCUAACUGCUGCCUCGUGCGUAAUGCAUCCGACAUCCCACACAUUGAUCAAUCCAUUUUGGUUGCGAGUGAUUGCUGGUGACGUUAAUCUGGUGACAAGUUCGAUUCGUCGUGAAAUUCGGAACGUUACACAUCUGUUUGUGCACCCAAACUACAACCGAAAUACCUUCAACAAUGAUUUGGCGGUGCUUCGGGUGAAUACUCCGUUUCCGGAGAUCCAUAACACCAUCGAACCAGCGAUUGGAAACACUCGCGUGCUUCCCGAUAGCACCCAGUGCCAAUACGCAGGUUGGGGAGCUAACACCAACGCUGCCAACGCUCCUCUGAAUCCUAUCCAGCGAGUGGUCAAUGUACCAACACUUUCGACGGCGGUUUGUAACGCAGCUAAUGUGCACGCAAAUCGCGUUCUGUCGACUAUGAUUUGCGCCGGUUCGGUUGCUGCCACGCCCAACACCGUUUGCCAGGGUAAUGCCGGAGGGGGUCUUUUCUGUAACGGUCAACUGACCGGAGUGUUGUCGUUUGGAAUGGGCUGCGGUGCAGCCAACCAACCGGGAGUGUACAUCGACAUAAGACAGUACCGCCAAUGGAUCAACGCCCAGUUCACACGUACCGAUAAUCCGGCUCCCGGUUGGACCCCGCAACCUUUGUAAAAACUGUUAAACAUUUUGAUAUUUUUUUGUAAUUGUUCAAUAAAAUAUUUAUUAUUAAUUUCAA